AUGAAAGUCGUGAAAGUGGUAUUUAACAUUUUUCUGAUUCUAUGUGGUGUGUGUUUUGUCGCGCUUUCUGGAUAUUACAUAUAUGAGAUAUCUGUUGCUGUCCGUCAUGGAUCGCAGAUCCUCAACAUCGUGUUAAACGCAUUAGCUGCUUUGAUGCAAAACCUUAUUUUCAUCAACAUCUGCCUCGCGUGUGCUUUUUCAGUGCGAAAGAUGUUCCUGAAUGUUUUCAUCAUGUCCGCAACAUCUUUCGCGAUCACAAUUUUACAAUUCGUUCUUUCUCUCGUGAUGAGGUCAUCGUGUAACAAAGAAGACUCUAAAGGGUACGCAACCUUCUGUAGCAUUUUUAUGGACUUUGCUUGGAUCGGCCCAGUUAUCGCAGACUUCGUCAUCAACCUCCUGACUUCCUUUUUCUCACUUCUCAGGUUUGGGUUCUACAACAGCUGGGAGUGGGACUAA